AUGAGCUUGAAAAAAGAGUGGCAAACGUGGACAAAGUUGAUGGAUUCAAGCAAAGGAGUGUCCAGGAUAGGCUUUGACUGUGACACCGGUUUGUUUCAGGCACCUGAGGAGUGGUGGGACAAGAUGGAAUCAGUGUGUGCGAAGUUCAGGAAAAAAACCUUGGAACACCGUGACUUGAUGGAGACGAUCUUCAUGGGGGCAUCAGCUACUGGGAAGCACCAUUGGACCCCGGGAGAGAAACUUCCUAAAGCUGCUGAUGACUCAUCUGAUUCAGUGCGUAGUUUGGGAGCCCAGCCAUUUGCUGAUCCGAUACCCGCAGAAGUACAAUACGUGGAUUCAGAUUCUUCACUGGAGCAUGUUCCAAUUGAGAAGGGGAAAAGGAGAAAGGCGCCAUCAACAAGUGUUUCAAAGUCGAAGAAGGCAACAAGUGGUGCGUCAGUUAUUGCGGAAAGCAUGAACAAUCUGACAGAUGUGGUGCGUACGAAGAAUCAGCAGGUUACGGUGAGACACCUCACAGGCAACGAAUCGCUGUACACUAUUUCGGAGUGCAUGCAUAAACUGAGCAGUAUUCCAUCCCUGAUUGGUACGCUGUUAUUCCACUUCGCCUCCACACUUAUGGAUAACGCCGAUUACCGGGAGGUGAUGAUGUGCCAGCCUAAUGACGACCACAUCAUUGGAUGGCUUACACAGAAGCAACUCCAGUGUACUGCGUCGGUGCCUUUUGCAAACCUGUUUGGGGGUCGCCGAAUGUGA